AAAAGGAAGGGAAAGAAAUACUGGCUAGUGCAGUGGAGCAGAAGGCCAGGAACGGUGUUUCGGCUCCUGGGUUGUCCAACACAUGCAGCUCCUGUGACACCUCCAGGACACGUGGCAGGGUAGGAUGGCGGGCAGCCUAUCUGAGGGCGGAGGCACAGAGAAAAACAGUCGCCUUGGGUCUAGGGAGGGCAGAUGGCAGAGGCAGGAGAGCAGAAGCAUUUCCUCCUUCAGUGUCCGAGACGGAAAAGCAAAUCUGCUGGACAAAAAGAACCUCCACGUUUUAUGUGUUCUGUUGUCAGGCGCUUCACGGCGACAGAGCGAUGUCGAAGCCCCCGGACCUGCCAGGCCCACAGGAGGUCACAGAAUAUUUUUGAUCAUGGUCCUGGCAGUGGGAGUGAUAGGCUGUCCGAGGAGCACCCGGGAGACCAGCUGGAUGCAAGCAUGAGCACCAUGGAGCUGCCUGGAGGCCAGCUUCUCACACCCAUGCUGUCUUCUGGAUUGUGGCACGUCCCUCCUAUCGGGUCUGCUGGCCACCGCUCCCACCUCCUCCGACCCAGUCUCCACUCCAGCCAGAAAGGAGCAUUGCCAGGCACACACCCAGUGAGCCCAGGUGGAUAAGUGUCCACGGAGGGGUGACGAGUAAUGUCCCCAGCGCCUGCGUGGGGGUCUGACCCCAUCAAUCAAACGCCUCCCCCAGACACGGCAGGUGAGUGGUGGGGUUGCUGGUCACAGCAGACAUUAUCCAAAAUUUACUUUUGUAUUUACUUAUAAAUACAGUCUUAACAUUAAUGUGAAUUUUAAAUAAGAAUAUAAAUCAUUCCUGGUCCCCCAAACACAACAGAUUUUACUCUAGCCUAUUCCUUCUGGUUGGCUUUAAGUGUUUUAUUUUGGGAUUGGACCAAGGGCAGCAAAUUCCUAUGUGGCCAGUAUAUGCUUGUGCGUUAUAAUUUUCUACCCCUUCCAGCUGGAGAGCUCCUUGGGGGCGGGGAUGUGACUUUCAUUUUGGUGUCUUAGCAUUUAGCCCAGUGCUCCAUACUUAGUAGGUGCUCACUAAACACUUGUUAAAUGAAUGAAUGCAUUGCCUCGACACCAGGACCUUGCCAGAAGUGUACAUUUAAACCGGGAGGGGAGCAACUUAUCAUUAUUUUAAUCGUGAAUAAAUUCAAUAUUCUCUGAAAACAGGAAGCACGGCCAGCGUAGAGAGUCAGAAUGUCACCCAGAGGCACCAAGGUCAAAGUUACAAGGGAACACGGUGUCUCAAAUCUUCUGGGAGGAAGGACAGGAAUGGGAAAAUGAAGCUGACGACCUGAACACUCAAAAGCAGGACAGAGACAGGGGGAAAGAAUGGGCUGGGGCAGGGGGUUGAGAACUGGGUCUGUGAGCUGACCGGGUCUGCCAGGGACUUUGUAGCAUUGGUACCCCGCAUCCAUUGUGGGGGGUAAGUGUGGAGGUUUCUAGGAAGCACACCAGGCUGAAGACUACCUGAUGCUCACACAUCUUAAGCUGCUUAGGUAGAAAUUCUGCUUUGGAGGGUCUAGUCAGAGUGACUGGUAGGGAAGUUAUUCUCGAGGUAAGAGUGGCAGUGACCAUGUGAUCAUCGCAUUAUUACUUCCGUAUUAUGCACAAGAAAAUCUUUCAACCAAGGUAAUGGAAUUUCUGUCCCUUUCCAGAGAUUGGAUCAACUAUGGUUCUCUCCUAUUAUCACUUAUAUUGUCUGUUUUCAAGUACAUCCUUACGUUUAUACACACCGUAUGGUGUGUUUAAUUCACACUUGAAAUCUAAAUGUCUUGGCUGAACUUUCGGAAAAUGCUAAGAAGGGCUCUAUUUAACACCCAGUAUUAUGCACAGAAUAACCGUUUCUUUAGUGAUAGGAUGGUCUUCUUUUCUGGUAGAUGUGACCCUCCUCCAGAAGGCCAGGGCCACUUGCAUGGCAUGGGAGUGGUUCCUGGAUAAGGCACCUGGGCUUUGAGCUGUCACGUGGCCUCAGCUGGCCUGCAGAGCGGUGCUAUCUGUCCCUCAGUUGGGCAAACAGAGUUAAUGCUUAGCUUCCAGUUCUGAGUUUCUCUAGUAAUCCUUGACCAAGUCUGGAUUUGGGAGUUCUGGGAUUCUGUUAAGUCUUGUUUUUUGGUUUUUUUUUUAAAAUAACUACCUGUUAUCAUGCUAUAAAAACUUCUUUACAGGGUCAGGUAAUCUAUCUGCGAAGACAUACAGAGUAGGAGUCAGUCCCACAUGAUGGAUAAAGUGGAUGUGAAUUUCCAGAUUGUAAAUGAGUUAGGUAAUGACACUCAAGAAGCCAUAAAUAUCUGUGGGUUCAUAACAAAGUGCACAUUUUGGAAGUGCUUCCAACAAACCAACCUCGCUCGAAUCUCAUCCAUCUCCUAGAACCCUCCUAUCCCAUCAGCCUAAUCCUAUGGAAUACUUGUUCCUAAUAUCUCUCAUGUCCUUCACUUGCUUGGCCUCCUGCCGUUAUUCCAGCUCAAGUCCUUACCACAACACCCCUGGAUUAUUGCAAUGGCCUCCUCAUCGCUCUACCUGUCCCCAGUUUCUGAUCCAUUCUCCACACGGCCACCGGGCUCAGGGCUUGACUUUCCUCCACGUAACCACUUUCGACACGCUCCACCUCGACUCAGAAAUUUCUGACUAUUUCCUAUUGCCUUCUGAGUGAAGGCGAGAUCCAUAGUCUGGUAGUCAAGGUCCUAUAGGUUCCAGCCGACCUAUCUAAACUUCUCUCUUUCUUGAGGUGCCUAGGUGGCUCAGUCGGUUAGGCGACUGCCUUCAGCCCAGGUCAUGAUCUCCCAGAUCGGGAGUUCGAGCCCCGCGUCGGGCUCUGUGCUCACAGCUCGGAGCCUGGAGCCUGCUUCGGAUUCUGUGCCUCCCCCUCUCUCUACCCCUCCCCUGCUCAUGCUCUGUGUCUGUCUCUCAAUAAUAAAUAAACGUUUUAAAAAAUUUUUUUAACUUUUCUCUUUCUCUAUGGCUGAAAGCACCAGCCAGGAGGAGGUGCUCACUGUCUCCCCCUAGCAAAUCUGUGCCUUUCUGCACUUUGUUCCCUGGGCCACCCUCCACCCAGAUUGUCCCUAGAAGGCCUUCUCCCUUCCCCUCUGCCUGUACAAACCCAAACUUCCUACAAGGGCUCCAUCUCCUAAAGUUUUCUGCCAUCUCUCUAGUCCAUCUUGAUCUAACUGAGUGGCUUUCUUGUAUUAUCCUAUUUAAAUAUAAGUUUCCUGGAGACGCAGAGUAACUUGAGUCAAAGGGGGAAAAAAGAGGAAUUUCAGCUACCAAGACCUAUGGUGGCAGAACUACUUUGGGUCAGAGGGCCUUAUAGAUGACCACACGCACUCACCCCUGGCUCUGUGUCUCCACGGCCCCAUCUCAGAAAGGUGGCAAGGAAGCUCGUGUUGGCUCUUGCAAUCAACCCAGGGCUGGGAUGGCCACCCAGGCCCUACACGGUGAAGACUGUGUGCACACUUGCACUCUCCUUGGCCACACUCCACUCGACAAUUUAAAAACUACAUGUUGUUCCUUGCUCGUUUUGAGGCAAAAGAGGAAGAAGGGGAUGGGAGCAGAUCAAAAAGGAGGUGUCGGUUUUGACUCCCUUCUAUUCCAGCAUAUCUGUGAAAGUCACUUAGGAAGACAGAACCCACUCUAGAUAUUUCAACCAGGGAAUUGGUUCACGGGUCACAGAGAUAUUCACGGUUGCAAUAACCCGUGACCGGUGCUGGGACUGGAGAAUCAGCAGGAGAGGGGGCAUAACCAGGCCAGAAACCAGGGCUCCCUCCCCCUGGGCAGGGGCUGCUUGCUGGGAGCUGGGACCAUGGAGGGAGGGGCUUCCCUGUAGGGCCCGGAGCCCAAGAGGAAACACAGCCCACGCCAGUGAUGCCACAGGGAGGGGAAGAAGGUGAGAAAUAACCUCGAGUCGCCCUUCCUUCCACCCCCAGUACUCUGCCAGUGC